CAGCCAGACGGACAGAUGCCCUCUGACAAAAUUGUCGGAGGAGGCGAUGACUCCUUCAGCACAUUCUUCAGUGAGACACGAGCAGGAAAGCACGUUCCCAGAGCAAUCUAUGUUGACCUGGAACCAACUGUCAUAGAUGAGGUGCGUGCAGGAACCUACCGUCAGCUUUUCCACCCUGAGCAGCUGAUUACAGGAAAGGAGGACGCUGCCAACAACUAUGCCCGUGGCCACUACACCAUCGGCAAAGAGAUCAUAGAUUUGGUCCUGGACAGGACACGUAAACUGGCUGAUCAGUGCACUGGCCUGCAGGGAUUUCUCAUCUUCCACUCUUUUGGUGGAGGCACUGGCUCUGGUUUCACCUCCCUGCUGAUGGAGAGGCUCUCUGUUGAUUAUGGGAAAAAAUCAAAGCUCGAAUUUGCUGUUUACCCAGCCCCCCAGGUUUCCACAGCAGUGGUGGAGCCGUACAACUCCAUCCUGACCACCCACACCACCCUGGAGCACUCUGACUGUGCCUUCAUGGUGGACAAUGAGGCCAUCUAUGACAUCUGCCGCAGAAACCUUGACAUUGAAAGACCCACCUACACCAACCUUAACAGGCUGAUUGGCCAGAUUGUGUCCUCAAUUACAGCCUCACUUCGUUUUGAUGGAGCCCUGAAUGUUGACCUGACAGAGUUCCAGACCAACUUGGUGCCUUACCCCCGUAUCCACUUCCCUCUAGCCACCUAUGCUCCUGUCAUCUCCGCUGAGAAAGCCUACCAUGAGCAGCUGUCUGUAGCUGACAUCACCAAUGCCUGCUUCGAACCAGCUAAUCAAAUGGUGAAGUGUGAUCCUCGUCAUGGUAAAUACAUGGCCUGCUGUCUGCUGUAUCGUGGUGAUGUGGUGCCCAAAGAUGUCAACUCUGCUAUCGCAGCCAUCAAGACCAAACGCACCAUCCAGUUUGUGGACUGGUGCCCCACUGGCUUCAAGGUGGGUAUCAACUACCAGCCUCCAACUGUGGUUCCUGGUGGAGACCUGGCCAAGGUGCAGAGGGCCGUGUGUAUGCUGAGCAACACCACAGCCAUCGCUGAGGCCUGGGCCCGACUGGACCACAAGUUUGACCUGAUGUACGCCAAGAGAGCCUUUGUUCACUGGUAUGUUGGGGAGGGCAUGGAGGAAGGAGAGUUCUCAGAGGCCAGAGAAGAUAUGGCUGCUCUGGAGAAGGAUUAUGAAGAGGUGGGUGCUGACUAUGUGGGGGAGGAUGAAGAGGGAGAAGAAUACUGA